UAUGGCACGAUUAACAAGCAAAGAGAAGACUGCUCGUCAUAGACAGAAAGUCAACUCCGACCCUGCAGCAAGAGCAGAGUAUCAUGCAAGGAAAAGAGAGAGCUACCAAAAAAGAAAGCAUGAGGGGAAGAUUCCAUAUGUGAAGUCAGAUGAGUUAUCAGAGAGGGAGAGGAAUAAUCUGAGAAACAAGUGGAAGGCUGCAUCCAGAGGAUACAGGGAGAGAAGAAAGAUGGAGAAGGCAAUGUUGGACCUGACGCCUCAAUCCAUAAAGAACACUUUGCCAGAUCCAGCAGGUGUAGAAGCAGUGGAGGGGCAGCAAGAGAGUCCAGGGGGAUGUGUGGUGGUGGAUGCUCCACCGCAAAAUGAGGAUUUCCAUCCACAAAUGUCCUCCACACCAGAAAGAAAAGAUAGAGAAAAGAAAGCUGAGAAACGCUCGUGA